GGCCAGAGUCUUAGAGGAUUCCAGAGAUUCAUCCAAAGCUUAUCAUGCAGCCUGCUGAAGCUAUACACCAACAAUCGUUAUGUGUGGCCGUAUUCUGUGGGCCACUAUUGCUACGCGCGAAUGUGUGGACAUGGUCCGUUCACCUCAACUACCAUAUAUGUCAGGAAACUUUAUCAAAGUCAAUAUACUUUACUUUCGGCAAGCAUGGAUGAGUUGAGACCCACGGUUCAAUGACGCUAUACUUAGCUACUGCAUAUAUGCUCGAUCCCCUGCUCUGAGCGAGCCAAGUGCAACAUCCCCCAAAGGUGGUUUACACGUCGACAACCUAGAGCCAUGGACCCUUUCAGCAGGCGGAAGUCGUCAACAGGCGGCAGAGGUGAGCGCGGGUCCGAUGAGCGUGCCACCGAUAGGAGGAGGCAUCUAUCUCCUGUCGGCGAUGUGGAAGGGGAAGAUUCAACCUCGAAUGAGGAUAUGUCUGAGAAGGUGGAAAAGACUCCGACUCAAAUCACUCAACCAGGACAUAUCCGUUGGAAUCAUCCUUUCAGUCAUGAUGCUGGACAGGAUCCGAACAUGUUAACAAAAGAACGUUCUUCGCCGGGAAACUAUGGGGCGCGGCGGAUGUCCCAUGGCAUCAGAAGAGCAUCCGUGGCCGUGGGAGAAGUCUUGCAUAAGAUGGAUCCCCUUACGGCGACCCAAGGUAAUCCGCUUGGGCUGGGUAUCAACGAAACGCGUCGAGUGUCUUCUGUCGGCUAUGCAGCACCUCAGCAAUUCAAUGCACGACGAUUUUCACGGGUGGCAUCCACCGAAAGCACCAUCAAGCCACCGGACAUUGCUCAAAUCAGGGAGGAUUCGAAUGAGACGCUGUCCGCGCCAGCUGUUCGACUAGGAAUGAGUGAGAAACAAGACGACUAUAUCAUCCAGAGACUCGCUGCCCACGAUGACGUCGAGAUGUUGACGCCAUUCCGACGAGUUCUCUACAGACUCUGCCCAGUCCUUGUUGUCACCACGAUUGCGGCCUAUUGGAUUUAUUUCGCUCUUCGUGUCCGGUUUACCCUGUCUGCCGAAUCCGCUGCACACAGGACAUACUGGAUGGCUUGGGCUUUUAUCUGUGUCGAGCUUUUCGUGUCGAUUCCCAUGCUGCUGCACCGUCUAUGGGGUUGGCAUGUUGUUGGGCUAAGAAAGAGACCAAAGUUGAGACUCGUUGGCGACAAUGUACCGUCCGUUGACGUGAUUAUUACUUGCUGCGGCGAGGAUGACGAUCUCGUCUUGGACACAGCAUUGGCAGCCUGCAACAUCGACUAUCCUCCAGAACGGUUCCGUGUCAUGGUGUGUGAUGACGGCAAAUCCAAGACCUUGCAGGAACUGUGUGAGAAAACAGCCGCGACUACUCAGUUCGACAAUCUUUAUUACCGGUCAAGACCAAAGUACCCAGGUGUCCCCCAUCAUUUCAAGGCCGGAAAUCUGAACGACGCCCUCGAUGAGACUGCGAGAUUGCCUGGCGGUCCCGCAAACUUUGUAGCUGCCCUCGAUGCCGACAUGAUUCCUAUGAAAGAUUGGUUGCGGGCUUUGUUGCCUCACAUGCUGCAAGAUUCAAAAUGCUCAAUGGCUUGUCCGCCGCAGUUAUUCUACAACGUCCCCAAGGAGGAUCCUCUGUGUCAGAGUCUUGAUACAUUUGUCCACAUUUCCGAACCAAUCAAAGACUCAAUGGGCGUAGCAUGGUGUACAGGAUCGGGCUAUGUCCUCCGACGAGCUGCACUUCAGUCCAUCGGAAACUUUCCAGUCGGAUCUCUCGCUGAAGAUGUCUGUACUUCUAGUAUGCUAUUGGGUUCUGGGUGGAACACCGCUUUCGUCCACGAACCUUUGCAGUACGGUACAGUCCCAGAUUCUCUCACCAGUCAUUUGAAACAGCGAACGCGUUGGACCAUCGGAACCGUCCAAACUUCACUGAAACUGCGCUUCAGUGUGUUCGGCCCCUUGGUCAAACACAUGACAUUCCCCCAGCGAUUGUGCGGUUUUGUGUACACCGUCUCAUCACUUUUUACCAUCUUCCUCGUGUGUUCCAUGUUUACAGCACCCAUUGUGCUUGUUUCCGGCGGCAACCUGGUCCCUUACAGUUCGACAAGCCAAUUGAAGUGGCUGAUUCGUUCCAACUUCCUGUCGCAAAUCUUGAACCGCGCCAAUGAGGCCAUUUCUUACCUGCCUUCGGGUUACCGGACUGGUCAGAGAGACGCGAGGGCGAUGAUGUGGAUGGCACCUUUCCAUGCUAUCUCCGUCAUCCGGACGUUCCUGCUUCCGAAAUGGCUUGGUGGAAAAGUCGCCGUCUUCACAUCUUCAGGGUCACAGAAAGCUGAGCUGAACGAACGAGAUCCCAUUCUGCGAGCGCCGCUUUGGCGUCGUCUGAAAGUCACGAUCUGGGACUGCCAAUGCUAUCUGCACCUAUUGUACAUCAUGUUCUGCUUGGGCGCCGUUGGCGUCAGCAUUUACUGGAACGUCACCAACAAGGACAACCGCACGACCAAAGAUGUCCUCCUAGCGCUUCUGACUCACGCCUUCUGGCCACCGAUCAUCUGGAUGACCUGCAUCCUGUCAUGUUGGAUCCCGAUCAACUACGCAAUUUUCCCUCCAGACGAGCCUGACAGACAUGACCUCCUUGACAGGGACCCUGUCACGGGCGUUGCGUAUCCAUCUGAAGCGUCGAAGAAGACCAAGACCGGAUGGGAAUCUUGGGCACACGAGGGGCUUUACACCGGCAUCACUUUCUAUACGACAGCGAUAUUCAUACUGUCAUUCUGGUUCUAGGCCAUUACAGCUACGUACAUGUUGUACGCAUCUACUAUAGUACUCUCUGGACGCAG